CUUUUUUCAUUUUUAAAGAAAAAAAAAAUAUGAAACUAUUAUUCAUAGCUACUUGUUUAUUAUCUGUCAUUAUAAAUUUUAUAGUUUCUGCUCAACAAACUGUACAAAAUAGCAAUACCGUAUCAGCCAUCAUAUCCCAAUAUGGAAACAGUUUUAAAAAUGCAGGCGGAAAUGUUCUAUCUGAUAAAGUGAAUGUUUAUAUUAUCUUCUAUGGUAAUUGGACAUCAGAGCAAUCUAUUCAAGAACAGAAUAUUUUUAUGGAAUUCAUUGAUAAUAUCUCGCAUAGUCCUUGGUUCAGUACUAUGAAACAAUAUGCAGGCAGUAAUGGUAAAUCAGUUACAGGGCCUCUUAACUUAGUAGCCGCUGUUAAUGACGCUGGAAGUCAUUCAACUAGCUUGACAAAUGCUCUUCAUAAACAAAUUGUAAUUGAUGCUGUUAAAUCAGGCUAUCUUUCACCUACAAAUCGUAUAGAUAGUAGCGGUGUCUAUAUCAUUAUGGGUGGACCUGAUGUAUCAGAUGCUGACUUUUGUAAAUCAAAUUGUGGCUAUAAUAGUUACAGUGAUGAAUUCCAGUACAUGUUUAUUGGUUAUCCCGGAAUUUGCCCUGAUAUUUGUAUUCCAUCAUUAAUUCAAAAGCAAUCACCCAACAAUUCACCUGCAAUGGAUGCUGCUAUUACCAUCUUUUCUCAUGAAAUUCAAGACGUUUUAACUGAUCCUAGAGGAAAUGCAUGGGAAAUUGAAACUAGUAGUGGUGUCACUAUUGAAUUAGGCGAUUUUUGUUCAAGCCAAGGAACAAGUUCAGAGCAAUUUGGAAAUGUCAUCAAAACACAAGAUGCAAACUAUAACUUGCAAUUAGAUGACAACAAGUAUUUGGUGCAAACAAUCUUUGAUCUUGAGACUAAGCAAUGUUCUCUUGGUCAAUAAAUUAUAAUAUUUAAUCGUUGGCUUUCUUUUUUUUUUUUUAUUUUUUUCAUGAAACGAUUUUUUUUUUCUUUUCUU